CAAAAAAACCUUGGGAUUGUGGUGACGGACCGAAAUCUGUAGUUUCUGGAAAUGGUGAGUGCAUGCCUCCAAGAAGACAAACUUUAUGCAUUAAUUAUUUAAAAGAAUUGAGUGAUAAUAAAACGGAAGAUGAUUUGAAAACAGCAUUGUUGAAAUCUGUUUCAUUAGAAACACAUUGGUUAUGGGAUAAAUACAAAAAAGAUAACAAUAAUAAAAACGGUAGAAGCCUAGAUGAUGAAUUAAAACAAGAUGGAAAAAUUCCUGAAGAUUUUAAAAGACAAAUGUUUUAUACUUAUAGUGAUUUUAGAGAUUUGGUAUUAGGAACAGAUAUAUAUAAAACAACU